CUUUUUCACAAAGUUGCACUUCAGUAAAAUAAAAAUGCAGCAAGCUUUAAGAACAGCAGCGUCUUGCCUUGUUAAGCAAGAACUUCCGGAACUUCCCUACGCUUACAACGCAUUGGAACCGGUGAUUUCUUGCGCCAUAAUGGAACUUCACCACACGAAGCACCACAAAACUUACGUGGACAACUUCAACAUCUUCCAAGAAAGAUUACAGAAAUCCAUAGAAGACCACGAUCCGACAAGCAUAAUCCAAAACUUUAAGGCUUUGCAGUUCAAUGGCGGCGGUCACAUAAACCAUACGAUAUUUUGGAGGAAUCUGACUCCGGAUCAAACGCAACCAAGUCCAGAGUUAUGCAAGGCGAUUGAUGCAAACUUCGGUGGUAUGGAUGAAAUGAAAUCUAUACUAUCGGCUGCUGCAGUAGGCUUACAAGGUUCAGGAUGGGCCUGGUUGGGUUACGAUCAAGUGGCACAAAGAAUGGUGGUCAAAACUACGAACAAUCAAGAUCCCUUGGAGGCGACGACUGGGUUAAAACCAUUACUCGGUAUCGACGUAUGGGAACAUGCGUAUUACUUACAGUACCAAAACGUAAGGCCCGCAUAUGUGAAGGCGAUUUUCGACGUGGUGAAUUGGAACGAUGUAUCGAAAAAUUUUGCCAAAGCUUCGUGCUAAAGCAUUGGAAAGUUUGUUGUACCAUUUUGUGCCAUCUUUACUUUCGUGCAAGUUUAAUAAAUAUUACACGAGACAUUUACUCAGCUGGGUUUUAUAGUGAUGGCAUUUCGUGAUGAUAUAUUAUUGAUUUUAUAUAAAUAAAU